GAUGCCGACCGACACCAACUUUCCCUGAGUUACUCGUGACUUUAGUCCGACCUCUGCUUUUUCACCGGAAGACGGUCGCUUCCUGACCACCGCUCGCGGUCGUUUCAUCCUUGGACCGACCAAGUUUCGCAUUCCAUUCGCAGGAGCUUGGGGAAGAGCCUCGGUCGUAGAUUCGGCUUAUCUCUCACUCUUAUUCCCACUUCAACUUAGACUAGAUGGCCGACGAGGUCGACUAUGAAGCGCUACCUUCCAAUGCAGGUCUCGGUGUCAAUAUGAUAGCAGGUGCCAUGGCCGGCAUCACGGAGCACGCAGUCAUGUUUCCUAUAGACAGCAUAAAAACGCGAAUGCAAGUUUUCGCCACGUCCCCGGCAGCGGUAUACACAGGGAUAGGGAACGCGUUCACUCGUAUAUCGUCUACGGAGGGCAUGCGGGCCCUAUGGCGAGGUGUUUCUUCGGUCAUUUUGGGUGCAGGACCGGCACACGCGGUACAUUUUGGGACGUAUGAGUUUGUGAAGGAUUUUGCAGGCGGAAGAGCAGGAGGGAACCAGCCGCUUACGACGGCGAUGGCGGGUGCAGCAGCAACCAUCGCAAGCGAUGCGCUUAUGAAUCCGUUUGACGUCAUCAAGCAGCGGAUGCAGGUUCACCAGUCUGAAUUCCGAUCUGUCUUUACCGCCAUGCGGGUGGUUUACCGUAACGAAGGACUCGCCGCCUUCUACGUUUCGUAUCCCACUACGUUGAUGAUGUCGGUCCCGUUUACGGCCGUGCAAUUUACUGUCUACGAGCAAGUUAAGAGACUGUUGAAUCCCCGAGGAGAGUAUUCGCCUUCUUCGCACGUAAUCGCCGGCGCACUUGCGGGAGGUGUGGCUGCCGGCGUGACAACCCCUCUGGACGUCGCCAAAACCCUGCUACAGACGCGAGGGACAUCUCAAGAUUCUGAGUUGCGGAGGGUAAGAGGCAUGUGGGACGCAUUCCGGAUUAUAUGGACGCGGGACGGAGUGAGGGGGUUUUUCCGGGGCAUGUCACCCCGAAUGCUCACGCAUAUGCCAAGCAAUGCUCUUUGUUGGCUUUCGUAUGAAUUCUUCAAGGUCGCAAUACGCGAGUAAUGCAUCUCAAUUUGGGGUUUAGGUAGCAUCUUCACCACUGAUCUUCGUCCUCAUGUUUGGCUCUGCUACUACGUUACUACCAUGCACCUAGUUUCCUGCAAGGGGCUUCUGCCAACUACGUGGGAUGGAAUCUAGCGAGUGCUGACUGGGGAGACAAAAAACCGUUGAGUAGGAGGUUUACCCUAUAUAGUCCAGCUGGGGCCUUGCCACUGAAUGGAACUGCACCUGGAUACCUCAUGAGGUUGGUCGAACUGGUCCUUAAAGCCGAUGUUGGGUACGUCUCAUUAGCAACUCAC